AUGACAGAGAAACUUGUUGGUGGUCUUGAUGGUUCGAUGAGUCAGCGAGAUGCUAGUUUAGAGUCCAUAGCUACAAUUCUUAAAAAUAAUCCAGGUGCUGUCUCGAAGUUUGUGGAGCUUCAAAAUGGAAGAGCGCUGCGUUCUGUUGCAGCCCUUGGUGCUAUUAGCAACAUAGUAGUGGACUUUACACCAAAUAAGUCAACAAUCAUACAAUGUGGAGGCAUUAAAGAGCUUGUCCAUUUGACAAAGUCUAUAGAUUCAUCUUUAAGGUUGAAUGUUGUGUGGUCCUUGCGGAACAUGAUAUUUCUUGCGGAUAAGAUGUGCAAGGAAGCAAUUUUUAUGGAGUUGACUGCUUCUUCAGUAGCUACCCUUAUCUGUGAUCCUGAGCCUUCUGUUCAAGAGCAAGCUUUGGCCCUUGUUCGCAAUUUUGUUGAUGGAUGUAUGGAUUGUGUGGAAUUUGCUUUUGCUGAAAAUGGUAUCAUACUGGAUGCUGUUGGAAGGCAAUUGAAAAAAUCCCCAAGAAUUGAAAUCAUUAUACAGGGGAUGUACGCAGUCAGCAAUAUUGCAAGUGGAAACGAGUUUCAUAAAGAAGCCAUAAUGCAGAUGAUCUUUCCACAAGCAGAAAGUGGACCUCAGUCAUUCUUGAGUCAGUAUUUGCAGAGUAAUGACAGCCGUCUACGCACAUCUGCUGCUUGGAUCAUAGUAAAUCUCACUGCUCCUGCAAGCCCCGGUGCAUUUGGCCGGAUUGCAAAACUGCGCAAUUUUGGCCUUGUUGCUCAAAUCAAGAGGAUGGCCAGUGACCCUUGCAUGGAUGUUAAGCUUCGAGCACGAGUUGCACUUGGGCAGAUUAUUUCUUUUGGUGAUAGUUAA